GAAUGUAAACAAACAGUGAUAUUUUUUUAAUCCACGGGCGACCACUCUGAUCAGUUGCUAGAAAAUAAGCUUACGGGCACGUAACGGAUAGUUGGCGAGCUGAGGAUUGACAGAUCGACGAACAGACGACAGCAAACCUGUCAAAAAGAUGUUGAACUUGGAGAAUUUUGCUGCGUUUUUCUUGUUCUUUUUGGAGUGUUAUCACAUCUGUGGUCAUCUGAACGUCCUCUUCCGGAUCCGCCUUUUACCGCGCAGAGACCUAGUGCGCAUCCGGUUCUACUUCCUGUUUGACCUACUGACGGUGUUCGCCUCGUCCUUCUUGUUUUUACACCGGCUCCAAUGGCUGGCGGCCGUACAGAUUGUACAACAUUUGUAUUACUUCAUGUACUGGGAGAAAACGGCACCCGCCAAAAAGAUCGUCAGCUGGAGUUCCCUGGACUGGACGGCCAGUGAUUACAAGGAAGAAUGGCAUUUCGACUCCAUCUUGGGUACCGCGUUUGACGUCAUCGUUCACGGCAGCAUGGCGUUCCUUCUCGGCCAAUAUCUAUCCACGGUACAAAUCUUCGUCAGCCUGUUUUUGGUACAGUGCUCUCUAUUGGUCGUUCUAUGUGGGCCGUGGUUCGCGUGGAGCACGCCAUGGGCGGCGCCUAAAUGGGUGCAAAAGAGGAUCCGCCCCCUGUCUAAGGAAGAAUGCCGGCUGGGUAUAGGGAAACAGUCGGAGUAGUUUGAAUGUAUCAUGAUAUAUAAUGGAGGGGAUAGGUCCUUUGUCUAUACAUGUAUAUCGCUAGUUUCCAAGCACAUGGGCAUCUUAUCCGCUCUGCUCUCGAUGACGCGUUUAUAUAUAAAUAGAGCGGAAAAGAUGCCCCUGUGUUCCAAGUCAGUGAAAGACAUCUGUGUAAAAGGGGGUGGGGGUGCAUUGUAUUCUCUUAAGAAAAUCAACAGGCAUAAAUUUGGCUAUGCCACAGAACUUCUUUAAAGAGGGGGUGGUAAGGGUAGAGUGGAGGGUGAAUCAUCCUACUUUAUGCUCAUCGUCAUCACAACGAAAAUACACGCUGUGGCGUCAUAUACCUGUACAGCGAUUCGUGUCCAAGAACAGAAAAAGUAUAAAUUAAAUUAUGUUGUUGGAAAUUAAGAUUUUAUCUAUGAUGUACGUAGGUUCCUCAUUAUUGUGCUACUUGUUAUAAUAUUUGCUUUCAACAAGCUACACGCAUGUGCAGUGUUUUAUUCUCUCAACAAACAUGUACACAUAUAUUUCUCGCAUUAUCACCGGUGUGAGAUCGGUUUGUCCGGUGUGAGACAGCAGUGUGAGAUUUUUCUUUCUUACACUGUGUAUUACUACGCCGUUUUAAAACAUAAACAAACGUUGUCUGCUGUAGGGAAAUGCAAAAUGGUGCAUUGAGAUUAUCCAUUAAGUAAUUGUGUUGCUUAAUUAAUUACAACUUAUCAUAUUUUUAAUUAAAAAACUGUCGUAUGCUCUCAUUUUGACUUGCACUAUUUAAAGCACGCGGAGGAAUAAACUGAAAGUAAUCUUUUGAACGUCAUAACAGAAAGUUGUCAAACAUCAUUUUUUUUUUAAGGUAAUAUAAUGCGAGAAAAAUAAUCAUUCAUUAUAUACUCGUGUGGGAUAGUGAAAUUCCACCUCGGGGCAAAGAUUCACGUUCUAGGACUCGGCAAAGCCUCGUCCUAGACCGUGAAUCUUGUCCCCUCGGUGGAAUUUCACUAUCCCACACUCGUAAUAAUGAAUGAUUCUAGUAAUCACAAAUUGUCGAUAUGUACAGCUAUCCAACAUUGAUUAAAAUGUAUAAUAUAAUCACAUUAAUAUCUAAUAGUGUUAUCUAAUUUUUAAGUAAUUAUAGUAAAGUUUGAUAUUGAUGUUAUUUUUUUUUUUUUUUUUUGAAAAACGGAGAUGACUAAGCAAAAGAUGUUUCAGAUUCACUAGUACAUGUGUAUGUACAUGUACUAUUCUCAUUUCAGCCUUGACUUUCAGGAUGGAGAAGGUUCAUUUUAUGUCUUAGCUCAUUCUCUCACCAGAGGUCGCGCCACAUUAAGCAAACUCGUCUAGCAUCACCUCUGGUGAGAGAAUGGUUUUUAGCUCACCUGAGCUGAAAGCUCAAGUGAGCUAUUCUGAUCACAUUUUGUCCGUCGUCCGUCUGUCCGUCCGUCUGUCCGUCUGUCCGUCCGUCCGUCUGUCCGGGUUUACGAGAGCUACAUUGUGGGGAUGAAUACAAGUUCAAACAUACAUUGUGGGGAAAAUUAGAAUUGUGGGGAUAUCCCCACAAGGCGGAGUGUCUUUAAAUGAAUUGUGGGGAUGAUUGUUCUUCAGUGACAAAGACAUCCCCAGAGUGAAUUGUCCGAUGUCCAUAGUCAACUUUGUCUUUAUUGAAAAAUGUCUGUAGUACAAGAGUUCCUUCCCCCUUGACCGUGAAAUAGUUGAUUUCGGAUCUCUUCGGAUUUUUUUCGGAGAGCCUCUAGACGUUAGGUAUUGUCAAUCGGAUUACUUUGCCACUUCCGUCGUGUGACGUAAUUUUUUGCGCAUGCUCAUUUUGAUGUAACAUGGCAUGGUGGAAACCGUGAAACGUAGAAGGUGAGUGUGCUGGUAGAAAAGAUAAAAAAAACACCUGUAUUUCAUCUUUGAGUUUAUAUACAUUGAUAACCACCUAAUUCUUACUAAACUUAGACAUUUGUUAUUACAUAUACAGUUUAAAAAUAGAAACGGGAAAGUUUCGUAGGACGUUCAUGGUUGGAUCAGAGGAAUCUCGGAUUAAUUGACGCGUCAAGUUGGUUGUGCUUUUCGAUGCCACGAAAGCUUGAAAUAAUAAGCUAACAUACAUUUACUACUAUUUUCUAAUAUGCAUUAGUAUUACUUAUUAUCGUGAGGGGUCAUUUUCGUUGUGUUAGAAGCAUGGACCCAGGAGAGACAUACAAAUUUGUGACGGGUAACUACAAUUACCGAACUGCCCCCCAAUAUACCGAAAUGCCCAUUGAAAACACCGAA